GGCUGUCUGGAGUCAGUUGCUCCGGGUCCGCGCGCGCUGGUCUGUCCCUGCCCCUGCCGCUGCUGCCGCCGCGGGGGCCGCCGGGGCCUCGUCCUGUCGCCGCCAGCGGAGCGCGAGCUCCGGGACCCGGGCGCGCGGCCCCCCCGCCUAGGCUCAGCCAGUUUUCAGAUUCUGUGAAUUUGUGACUUGGAGCUAAGACCAAGAUCAAGAUAUUCCCAUGCAGCUGAAGGCUUCCUCUAUAAAAAAGGCCUCUUAGCAUUUCCACCUACAAAAUGGUCCCACUUUGGCCAGAACAUACCCAGUAUAUGUAGAGCUCCAGGAAUGCUGACUAUUUGCCAAACCAGAGAAAUGCACCUGUGACUGUAAUACUGUUAAAUUCCUGGACCAGCUAUCUUCCCUGAAGGACUUCAAAUGGAUCUUUACAAGUUAUCUACAGUGAUAGACUAAAGAACAACCUACCAAGGAAAUGUUAAUGAAAAAUAGUACUGAUACUGCUGAAGUUUUCAUUGGAAACAACAAAAUUCUUUGAUUUACCACAUGCCCCUGUAAUGGAAAAGAUAUUUUUGAUGAUAGUUGACCACCGUUUAGAGAUGGCCAUAGGGCUGAAUCGUAACCACAGGUGCUGCAACAAAGAACACUUUAAAGAUGCAUAAAAGUCUGUUUAAAGUGAAGAGGAAGAACUAGAUAAAAUAAUGAGGUUUAACAGGGAAAAUGUACACUCUUCAGCAAUUGAGAUUCAGCUCUUGGAGAAUACUUCUUUGAACCUCAUGGAUUAGCUGGAAUUUGGACUGUGAAGCCCUUGCUGAAAAGAGCUUUCAAGCUUUGAUCACCUGAACAGACUCUAGCAAUGGCCAGCAAACGGAAAUCUACCACCCCUUGCAUGAUACCAGUAAAAACGGUGGUGUUACAGGAAACAGAAGCAGACCCUGUUGAAGGUUUUAAUGAAGGAACUCAGCAAGAGUUACCUCCUGAAACACCUCCUGUUAAUGAUGCUGUUAACAACAACAACAAUAAUAAUGGAACACUGUCUAAUGGGCAUCGAAGUACUUUUGAUGGUGAUUCUUACAUAUGUAAAUAUUGUGAUUUUGGGUCUCAAGACAAGAAUCAAUUUAUGGGGCAUAUUAACUCAGAACACACAGACUUUAAUAAAGACCCCACUUUUGUAUGUAUUGAAUGCAGUUUUAUGGCAAAAACCUCUGAAGGGCUUUCACUCCACAAUGCCAAAUGUCAUACUGGUGAAAUCAGCUUCAUUUGGAAUGUGGCCAAACAGGACAAUCAUAUAACUGUAGAGCAACUCAUCUCUGAUAGCACCAGCAGUCAUGACCUUUCAGGGGAGUCCUAUGAAGAAGGGAUAGAUGGACAAGCUGAAAUUAUCAUUACUAAAACUCCAAUUAUGAAGAUAAUGAAAGGGAAAGCUGAAGCCAAAAAAAUUCAUACCCUGAAGGAGAAUCCAUCUGUUGGAGAGAAUUUACUAAGUCAGCCAGCUGGGGAAAACUUAGUCAGUCAGUCCGUUGGUGAAAGUGAGAUGAAAGAGAAUGACCACUCUUUCACCAAUGGAUCUACUCCAGUCAGCCAGGCAACCAGCAACCCUGUGAAAUCUUCACACAUUGCCAAUGGUCCACUAAUCGGAACUGUGCCUGUUUUACCGGCUGGCAUAGCUCAGUUUCUAUCUAUUCAGCAGCAACCCCAGGUGCAUACACAACACCAUCACCACCAGCCACUGCCCACAUCGAAAUCGCUUCCCAAAGUGAUGAUUCCACUGAGCAGCAUUCCAACAUAUAAUGCAGCCAUGGACUCAAAUAGCUUCCUGAAAAACUCUUUCCAUAAAUUCCCUUACCCAACCAAAGCCGAGCUUUGCUACUUGACUGUUGUGACCAAGUACCCUGAAGAACAACUAAAAAUUUGGUUUACUGCCCAAAGAUUGAAGCAAGGUAUCAGUUGGUCCCCUGAGGAGAUAGAAGAUGCAAGGAAAAAGAUGUUUAACACAGUUAUCCAGUCAGUACCUCAGCCUACAAUCACAGUUUUAAAUACCCCUUUGGUUGCCAAUGCUGGCAAUGUCCAACAUCUCAUUCAGGCUGCCUUACCUGGUCAUGUUGUUACAGGGCAACCAGAAGGUACAGGCGGAUUGCUGGUUACUCAGCCAAUAAUGGCCAAUGGGCUACAGGGGACAAGUUCCUCUCUCACUUUAGCAGUUACCUCUGUUCCCAAGCAGCCAGCUGUUGCACCGCAUAACACUGUUUGCUCAAAUACUGCAUCCACCGUAAAGGUGGUAAAUGCUGCUCAGUCUCUGCUCACUGCAUGCCCAACUAUAACUUCCCAAGCUUUCCUAGAUUCUAGCAUCUACAAAAAUAAAAAAUCUCAUGAACAGCUAUCAGCUCUGAAAGGUAGCUUUUGUAGGAAUCAGUUCCCUGGACAAGGUGAAGUAGAGCACUUGACCAAAAUUACAGGCCUGACUACAAGGGAGGUUCGAAAAUGGUUCAGUGAUCGAAGAUACCAUUGCAGAAAUUUGAAAGGUACUCGAAGCAUGUUACCUGGAGAUAAUAGCUCUAUGAUUAUGGACUCCACACCUGAUGUUACCUUCACUCUGUCACCCAAAGCACCUGACCUAGCUUGUGUGACAACAGCAACAACACCAGGAGUUCAUCACUCAGCCAAACGGCAAUCCUGGCAUCAAACACCAGAUUUCACCCCAACAAAAUAUAAGGAGAGAGCACCAGAACAGCUCAGAGCCUUGGAGAGCAGUUUUGCACAAAAUCCUCUUCCCCUUGAGGAAGAAGUAGACCGACUAAGAAGUGAAACCAAAAUGACGAGAAGAGAAAUCGAUAGCUGGUUUUCAGAGCGACGGAAAAAAAAGUCUGCAGAAGAGAACAAGAAAUCUGAAGAAGCAGCUUCUCAAGAGGAGGAAGAGGCUGAAGAAGAUUGUGGUGAAGAGGAUCCUGCUGAUGAGUGGAGGGUUUCAAAUGAGAAUGGCUCUUCAGAGGCCCCAGGUAGCGACCGUCCUCGAGUGGAGCGGAAAGUCAGCCCCAUCAAAAUCAAUCUCAAGAAUCUGCGAGUGACAGAAGCAAAUGGCAGAAAUGAAUCAAUUGGACUGAGUACCAAUGACCAUGAGGAUGAGCAGGGUUUGAGCAAAUCCCUGGAACAACCCAAGAACAAAAUUAAUUAUAAAAAGACUGCCCAGCAAAGGCAUUUGCUCAGGCAGCUAUUUGUCCAAACCCAGUGGCCAACAAAUCAGGAAUAUGAUGGUCUCAUCUCCCAGUCUGGCCUGCCCAGGGCUGAGGUCGUACGCUGGUUUGGAGACAGUAGAUAUGCACUUAAAAAUGGACAAUUGAAGUGGUAUGAGGACUAUAAGCAUGGUAAUUUCCCACCUGGUCUAUUGGUCAUCAGUCCAAGCAAUAGGGAGCUUCUUCAGGAUUAUUAUAAAACACACAAAACGCUGUAUGAAGAUGAUCUUCAGAGCUUAUGUGACAAAACUCAGAUGAGCUCACAACAGGUUAAACUAUGGUUUGCCGAAAAAAUGGGUGAGGAAACCCGAGCUGUAUCUGAUACUUGCAGUGAGGACCAGUAUUCCAGCACUGGAGAACAAGCAGGAAAUCACAAAGGGACAUGUGACACCUAUUCAGAAGUGUCCGAGAACAGUGAGUCCUGGGAGCCCACUGGCCAGGAGAUCAGUUCAGAACCUUUUGACACACUGAGCCCUCAGGCUGGAAUCCAGCUAGAAGCAGAUUGAAUUUAAACUGACUGCCAUGAAGGAUCUGCCAAAUGUGGGAAGAUGUCAAAUGGAAUGGGCCAGAUCUGAACCUCUGCUGCAGGGGCCAGUUACAGUGCCUGCUGUUGUGAGACUUUUAGCCAAGCACACUGGGGAGAGGCUGUUGGGGAACUCACUGGUCAGCCCAGAGCUCUUCACAGCCAAUUUAGGAUGAUAUGCUGAGCUGGGCAGAGCAGGGUUCAUGUCAGAUUCUUCCUCCUGCAAUAUAGGACCUCUUUUUUGCCUUCAGUGGAUAAAAUAUUUCAGAUUUCUUAUUCAUGUACAACAGAACCAACUUUUUAACAUAUACAUCUGCCUAUACACAUUUAAUAAAACAUCAGAUUAUAAACAUGUUCAUUACAUAGAAACUUUUGAUUAGCAAAGCAGUGCAUUUCCUUUUUCUCUAUAUAUAUUUAGUGUCUGUUCUCUGAAGGUUGAUAUCACUACAUUUACUCCUCUCUAAGUCUUUUAUCAGGGUGCAGUGCAUUGAAUCUAGAAAGCAUGUCAUCAGUACACUUACGACUUAAUCUGGAGCCCUUUCUGUGGACCCCUUUCUAAAAAUAAUUCUGCUUUGUUAUGUAAUCUCUGAUCAGUAAGUCUCUAAGCAACAGUUUUUUUGUCUGAAGUUAUAGUUGAAUAACAGCCAUUCCCCCCACCACCACCCAGGUUAAAAAAAAAAUGGUUACUUGAUUAGUUUCCUUUUCAUGAAAAAUUCUAGAUCAGUUAUUUACUAUUUGUCCAUUAUUGGGUUAAAAGAUGUAUUUGAUCUUGAACCUGGGAUAUGUAUUCAAACGCCUACUUCUUAAAGCCAGAAAUGUUCCAGUAUUAGAUAAAAAGACAAAAUCUGUAAACAAAGCCACUGUGCGUAGCAACUUUCACCUGAGGAUUUCAAAGCACUUUAUAAAUGUCGAUCUCUAAAUUUUCAUACAAACUUGGGAAGGAUAAGAUGUGGCAAACAUAAUCACCACUUCACCAAUAAGAAAGCUGAGAAUGAGAUGAGAUUAAGUGACUUUCUUAGUUAUUUGAGUUGGGAAUAGCCCUCAAUUUAAAGUCAGUGGUAUAGGGCUUCCCAAUGAAAUCAUAAAACUUCUCAUCUUGCUUGUCUAACCGAGAGUUCUACUAGUUCUCUCUCCUGGUGAAUGCAUAAGAUUUAAAGAUUAAGGAUGAAAUCAUGAAGUAUUUAUUGAUUUUUAAAAUGUUCGCCUCAACUUGUAACCGAAUGUAGUUUAAUCUCUAGCUUAUCAUUUUUGCCUCCCUUGAGAAUUUGCUAUUUUUGGAAAAUCAGCUGAAAUGAUAUCUUUUGAAGUAUGGAAUAAUUGUUUGAAUCUACCAUUUACUUUAUUCAUACAAAAAUCUUCUAAUAGAAGAAGCAACUUCCCUGGGAAGACUUCUGAUCUCAUUUCUAAUAUAUCUCCCAGUUCAAGAAUGGACUGGAAAGCAUCUUAGACAAGUUGUAAGAUGAACCUAUCCGUGCUCAUUAGGGGUAACUGAGCAAUGUACAGUUAUUUCCAGAGAAUUUCGUAGAAUGUCAGAGUUAGAAGGGACCUCAGAAAUCAUCCAGUUCCCUUAUUUUACAGAUGAGGAAAUUGAAGCCCCAAGAGUUUAAAUGAUUUGCCUAAAAUCACACAGCUAGCAGAAUGGGUCCUUGAAUCAGGUUCUCUGAUGCCAAGUCUAGUGGUCGCUACUGUAGAUGCUAUUCCCUUUGCCUUGACUUCAGGAAAGUAAUGGCUAUCAGCUCUUUAGAGUAGAGUUAGGGAGAGCAGGACUUCAGGGUCCAGAGUAAACUGAGACACAGGAAAUUCUGAAAAAUAAACCUCUGUGGCCCUGUGAUGUGUGGCCAACUUAAGACAGGCAAGUAGAAUAAAGAAAAUUAAUUAUGUUGGAAAUUGAGUGGCAUGAACUAUGGCUAGCUAGCAGAAAUCAAGCAUGCCCUCCCCUCAGCCCUCAUUAUCCCAAAUAAGCACUUUAAGGGCACAUAUAGCAAGCCACGUAGUUGAAUUGGCCUAUAGUAGAAAAAGGUGCCUUUUCUGGGACAAGGGAAAUUUUAUUCUGUGGUCUGGGAGAACUCUUUCUUUGAAAUCCAGAGGCCUUCGUACUAUUUCUUCCAGAACCUAACCCCUCUAGCUCACCCGUUUUUCUUGAGAAAAUGACCUGGGAGUUUUACCAAGACUUGCAUUCUGUCAUUUUGCACUCUGUGUUGGAUAUGACAUUGGUGUGGUCCUGAUGGAUUGUGUUGGAUGUUAUGUCACGAGCAUGGAUUUGUGAGUGAUAGCUUCCUCCAGAGAACAAAUACAUGAUUUUCUUCUCUAGUGUUUAUAUACAUGCAGGUUAAUUUAUAUAUGCACAUAUACAGUACAAAUACUCAUUUGAUAUUACCUUGUAAAAUGUACAUGAUAUGUACAUUUUAGUAAAUGAAUUACCAUAGAUAUUAAGGAAAAACAGCUUGUGCAUUGGAAAUGAAUGUCUUUGUAUUUAUUUGUACACUGAACACGACUGGGGGAGAGGCAAAGAGAAGGCCAAUCUCAAAGUAUCCCACUUAAGAAUCUCACUUCCAAAGUGACAACCCUUGAAACAUGAUUACUCCCAUAGUUUCUUCUUGUAUUAACUGCAGAGUUUUACUGAAGAAUGUUCUCUUGGUUCUUUUAUUAGAGGUCAAAUUAAAUGUAUAAUCCAAACACUCUAAUGGAAAAAAUUAGUAAAAGAAAAUUGCAGUGUUGGAGCAUAUUCAGGCAGAGUUCACAGAAUACAUUCUGGACAUGAAAACUGUCCACUACAUAUGCAGGUCCACUUACAGAAAAAGCAGUUUAGUGGAAGACUUAGGAUCUUUUUAAUAUUGUGAACUUUUUUUUACAUGCAUUAGCCCUCUCAAAUGGCUAUGACCUAAUGGCUGCAUUGUCAGCACUGUGAGAGAACCAGGAAGGAAAGCUGAAAGGAAAAUCCCAGGGAUACAGAAAAGACCCGUGUUCUGCUCAUGUCCUUGUAUCUGAGUAUAUUUAAAUAUGGUUUGAUAUUUAUUCUUGCAGAGAAUUUUACAUAAGCAAGUGAUGAAGGAAGUAUUUUGAUCUCAGAUCUAUGUACUUAAAAUGGAAUAAAAUAAAAAUAUUAACUAUGGGUGUCAGAGGCCCAGUGCUUUGGGUGUAAAUCACAGGAGAAACCAAAACCAAGUAGAAAAAUUGGAAGCAAAAAAAAAAAAAAAGGUUCAUGGAGUGGACAGCUGGGUUUGAUGGUCCUGCUGGCAACCAUCAUGGCAUUCUAGGAUGCAUCGCCACAAUUUUGCAUGUAGCCAAAGUGUUGUGUUGUCUUCUAAGUGAAGAUAGUCUUGAAUUGGAAGUAGGAGAGGACUGGGAGUUGAGUUGGUUUUUCUUAAGGAAAAAAGAAUAUUUUAUAAGCUGACUAACCUUUCACUUCCUCUUCCCAGUAUGCACUUGGUCUUUGGAGAGUAGUAAGAUUAUGUACAUUUAUGUUUCUUAUUGCCUGUUUUCUUAGAUGUUUAAUUUUUUACAUGAAGAUAUAGAUCCAAUUUUUAUAGAUGAAACCAGAUCUGUUAUGUUGAAGGAAAUAUGGAAUAAUGUGGUAUGCUUUUCAUAUUUUUGAUUACUUGUUUGAAGUUUUGAUUGUAGAAAAGAUAUGUGCUUUAAGAGUUCUCAUUUUUAAAUAGCUUUUUAAAAAAUAGAUUACUGAAGUCUGAUCUCUUAGCACUUUGAAUUUUUUUGUUGUUAGUUGAAUGCACUAAUAGUUAGACUGCUUCUGUGAGUGCUGCCUCAUUUCUAAUACUUGAUCCCUGGUCCUGACUUAUUCAUGAUCUGCUUGAUUUUUGCACUGUUUUCUGAAGACAAAAGAAGUCAGCUUGAGGUAUUAGAGGGGAUCUUUCCUUGGUUUCAAGCAUGUGGGCAGUUAUUCCUACUCCCCUCUUGCCUGGGAUUGUCAUAGAAAUUCAGAACAUUUCUCCAGGCUGGUAUCCUGGCAAGUGGUACGCUCACUUGUUGAGUGAGCAGAUGGUGGCUAGCAUUCCUCUUCCACUCUCCUCCAGCUUCUUGGACAGUGCCCCUAUUAUCUUACUCCUCUGGGUGUCAGAAUAUAAUCUUUCCUUAAGUAUGUGAAUAUUCUCCUUUUCUCACGAUAACCUGUCUUGGACCCUAUCAGCUCUUACCUUCCUUCCCUCUUAAUGGACCAAAAGAGUUUGGUUGGUGUUACCAGGCUGUAGUAUUUUAUUGUCAACUCAGGCAGUCAGUCCCCAAGGAAUAGAAAAGGACUUUUAGAAUGUUUUUACAAAGCACUGCAAAGCCCUUGACUGUACAAAAGCUGUAUUGCUGUAAAGCUAAGUGUGACACUUCCUUAAUGUAUGUUUAAUAAAUCCAGAUGUUAGUGUAUGGUUGGUUAAGUUCUGCCUGUACCAUAUAGAGCAGAGGGCAGUUUUCAAGACGAGGGUCACUUCCCUCAAAUGGGUGUAUGUACUGCCAGCGGCUCAUUAGAUUUCUGUAAUGCACUGGUCAUCCCAUCUUGUGAUUUGUCCAAGCAGAAAUGCAAGAAAAUAAGCAUGAAUUCAGGGGUCAUUCAUAAGAAAUAGAAAAUAAAGGGUAGUCCAUCUGGGAAGACUUCCAUUAAACAUACUGUUUUUCAAGAGACUAAGGAAAGAUGGUACCAGGCAGACUUCCAUCAUUUUCCCUCAAAUAGCCUCCCUUCUGUAGAUCUCGUUGCUUUUUCAGACUCUGGUAAUAAGGGUAACUGGAAGCCCAGCUUCCUUUUAUUCUUCUUGAAUGCAGAGAAACCCAUAGGAGCUUUUAUUUGAUAAAACUGAUAAAUAUGUACAGGUAAAUGAACACAAACCCAAGUGAAUAAUACUCUGGAGCAUUCAUAGUAUUCAGAUGUGGCUGAGGACACCUGCCUAUAGAAGGCUUCACUUUACCUUCCGAGAGCAGAAGCCCUGUCUUCCAAAAGCUACUACCACAUUAUACCUAAUAUGCCAUACACCCUGUUUUCUGUAGCCCAUAUAUAAUUUGGCAAGCUGCAUCUAGGUUGUAGAAAAAUCUUUAAUAAAACAGUGGGGAAACCUAAGAUAAUUGGAUACAUCAGGGGAUUACUUGGUUUGUUUAUGCAGUUAUAUGUGAAGAUUCCCAACUUUAGCAGUUAUUAUUGCUCAGAUUAUAUCAUGUCCUCAGUCAGGCUAGUCAUGUUAGUGGGAGGAAAAAAAAUGUCUAACGUUUUUUAGUAUUAACACAACGGUUUUGAUUUUUAAAUAUAGGCUAAUGAGCACUUGGCUAGAUUAUUGGUUAAUUGAAAAGGAGGCCCCAUGCAAUGUGACCAUCCUUUAAACCUAGUCUCUUUUAUGUAGGUUAACAUAAUUAUUAGUUUUCUUCUAGGGAUUAGAGUUGUUUUCCCCCCACUUAUCAAUUCAAUAUAUUCCCAGUGUCCCGAGUGAACGAAGUGAAUUGGUAACUGAAUUCAGCUGGCACCUUUCUGUCCUCUUGGCCCAGGUACACAGAGCCCUGAUCGCCAAAAAUAAUGACCAAGUAGGAAAUUUAGUGUGAUAGGAUGACUGUUAUGAGGACUGACUUGCUGUGGAUUCUUUAUAACGGUACUUUUUUUGGUAUGAGUGAAAAGACUUGGAGGAAAGGUCAUUUCUUAAAUCAAAGCUUUGUUUGGGCCUAAAUAUUUUCUUUGCCUGGUCAAGGUGGCAAGAUUAGGCAUUUGCAUUAAAAAUCUUUAAUAAAUACAGCCUUUUGGAAGGCUGUCUGCUUCUCAGUAGCUUUGGUGGGUUCACUCUUCUGGGAGAGGUUCAAGGGCAACCAAGAACAAGAAGCCAGAGGUUUUAAUUAAUCCUUGUUUGGGUGUAGUUUUCAGAAAAAGGAGAAAAUCAGGGGACGGAGAUGGAGGGGAGAGAGACUAGAACAACUUGUCUUGGUUACGUCAUUAAAAGAUUUUUCAUCUAACUUUUUGUCCUCCUUUUAAAAGGAUGAGUCAGGAAACUGGAAUCAAUAGGGAAAAAUCUAGGAUGAAAGCUGUUCAGAAUUGCAAAAUGUAGGGGUUUUCCCCCCAGGUCAGGUCCACAUUCUUAAGUGUUAACUCUACUCACAUGGUGCCUAUUAAUUCUUAUAAUUUAUAUUUCAAAAACUGCUAUCAUCUCUGCCUCCUGCCCACAGAACACUACACCAUGUUUGUAGUCUGCUGGAAAAUGGAGGCAUAUCCUAUUAUAAAUGGUAGACUAGAACCAGGAAGAGUGUGGUUUUACACCCCAAAAACUUAACCUGAUAAUCAGCUACACUGUUUUCAGGUGGGAAUUAAAGAAGGGACACAGUUCAUCUUUGGCACAUUUGUAGUUCCUGCUUUGUCCGUAGGCAAGAGCUUUCUUCAGUUGUGCCAGGAGGAGUGGCCUGUACCAUGACUGUCAUUUAAAAAAAAAAAAAGGAAAACAUGCCAGCACUCUCCCUCUCCCCCUGUAGAUUGUUCAUUGAGACUGUUAUUAAGCACACCCUUUGUAAAAACCAGCGUUUUUGCCAGUGAUCUACAGGUAACUUCUUGAGAACAGCUCUACUCUCUCCUCUCCUACCUACCUGUAAUCUCAUUUGAGGUAUAAGCACUUUGUCCCUUAUAUACUGCAGGAAGAGAUUUGGAGAAAGAUUGUUAAACAUUUUGUUAUUGCAAGACUGACCACUGCUGAGAAAUAGGCUGGAUUUGAAAACAGAAUUCUCUUCAGUGGAUGCAGUUCAAAAUGGACCUGCUUCUGGUGGCUUGUCUAAAGGUGAUGAACUUUAGACUGUAGACUCCAAAGGGGCCCAUUUCACAUGUAGUAGAAACAGGCCUUGCUUCAGGAUUCUAGAAGAUGAGGGGUAGGGGGUGCAGUGGAGAAAACAGGGGGCUGAGACAAUGGCACACGUUAAUUUAGCCUUAUGUGUGAAGAUAACUUUUUUUUUAUUGUGGAUAAACAUUUUUUAAAAGUUUAAAACCUGCCUUAGAUUGGGGCUGUGGUUAUUGCUACUGCCUGCAGUGGCUCAUGCGAGUGCAAAUUUACCUACAAUUGGUCUCAAGGGCUAGCACUCCUCAUCGCACUACUGCUCCUUCUAAGAAUUACAUUGUGUGUUUCCCCUAAAUCUUGUAUAUGUGGACUUGAUGUGGGGAGGGAAAAAGAAACUGUUUGUAUAGUUUGAAAUGGUUCUAAAUGGUACUUCAAACCUUGAUUAUUCCUAAAUAAAAUGCAUAAAACCAUUA